AUGGCGACUAUAUCAUUUGCUAAAAGUUUGGUUAACCCCGCUCUUAAAUUAGUUUUAAAACAGAGCCAAUGUUCUCAUUUACGAUGCACAAGUGUACCAUCGUUAACGCCUCUAAGUAUUGUACUUCGUAGAAACUAUGCCGAGAAGGUAGUUUUUGAACGUACCAAGCCUCAUUGUAAUGUAGGCACUAUCGGGCAUGUGGACCACGGGAAAACAACCCUCACCGCAGCCAUCACCAAAGUGCUAGCUGACCUUAAUUUAGCUCAAAAGAAAGGGUACUCUGAUAUUGACAAUGCUCCCGAAGAGAAGGCUCGUGGUAUUACCAUCAAUGUGGCUCAUGUUGAAUAUCAAACAGAGACACGGCAUUAUGGACACACGGAUUGUCCGGGUCAUGCUGAUUAUAUUAAGAACAUGAUAACUGGUACAGCACAGAUGGAUGGAGCGAUUCUGGUAGUAGCUGCUACAGAUGGUGUCAUGCCACAAACAAGGGAACAUUUGUUAUUGGCAAAGCAGAUUGGCAUCCAACAUAUAGUUGUCUUCAUUAACAAAGUCGAUGCUGCUGAUCAGGAAAUGGUUGAAUUAGUAGAAAUGGAGAUUCGUGAACUCAUGACUGAAAUGGGAUAUGACGGAGACAAUGUUCCAGUCAUCAAAGGCUCUGCUCUAUGUGCAUUGGAAGGCAAAAACCCAGAAAUUGGAUCAGAGGCCAUUAGUAAACUAUUGCAAGAAGUAGAUUCAUUUAUUCCAACUCCAGUGAGAGAAUUAGACAAGCCAUUCCUCUUGCCUGUUGAAUCAGUACACUCAAUUCCUGGUAGAGGAACUGUUGUUACCGGCCGUUUGUACAGAGGUUUAUUAAAGAAAGGAACUGAAUGUGAAAUAGUUGGUCAUGGAAAAGUAAUGAAAACAACUGUCACUGGUGUAGAGAUGUUCCACAAAACUUUAGAAGAGGCACAGGCUGGUGACCAACUUGGUGCUUUAGUCCGAUCAAUUAAAAGGGAACAGAUCAAACGCGGCAUGGUUAUGGCUAAGCCUGGAACUGUCAAAGCACAUGACAGCCUUGAAGCAGCUGUAUACAUAUUGAGCAAAGAUGAAGGCGGUCGUUCAAAACCUUUUACUUCAUUUAUCCAGCUACAAAUGUUUUCUAUGACUUGGGAUUGCGCUGCACAAGUUACAGUACCUGAUAAGGAGAUGGUUAUGCCCGGAGAAGAUGCCACAUUACAACUCAAAUUGUUGAAACCUAUGGUCUGUGAACCGGGACAGAGAUUCACUUUGCGUCUUGGAGAUAUGACUCUAGGAACUGGUGUUAUUACUAAAGUGAACAAAAAUCUAUCUGAAGAAGACAGACUGAAACUUCUGGAAGGAAAGAAAGCAAGGGAGAAGGCUGCUGCCAAGAAGUGA